UAGCGACGUCGAGUAGAACACAAAAUACGUGUGCAUAGGUAGGUAGCAUGUACAUUUAUGUAAUUAGAAUUAGAAAUUUGAAUAUUAACAAUAAAGACUCGCAAGCAACCGGUUAUCGGUUAUUUUUACGGUCAGUUCGACAAUCCGGCCUUUCCACCAACGUAAAAAGUGAUCAGUUCAAAUGCUAGCCGUUAACGUAGCUAACGUUGCUUCGAAGUGUGCGCGAUAUCAAGUCAGAUUGUACUCGAUGGCUGGUAAAUUCUUAGUGGAAAAUGAGAACUACUCGUUCCUCAAGGAGUUGGGAUUGCAGAAAGUCAACCCAGGAGUGUACGAUGGUCAAUGGAAUGCCAACGGAGAGGUUAUCACCACUUAUUCUCCAGCCACUGGAGAACCAAUAGCAUCCGUUCAGCAAGGAUCUCUCGAUGAUUACAACAGAUGCGUUAAUUCAGCUCAGCAAGCUUGGCAACAAUGGGUCCAAGUACCGGCACCGAAACGGGGUGAAAUAGUUAGACAAAUCGGUAACGCUUUACGAGAUAAAUUACAACCUCUUGGCAAACUGGUAUCAUUGGAGAUGGGUAAAAUUCUAUCAGAAGGGAUUGGAGAGGUACAAGAAUACGUUGACAUCUGCGAUUACGCUACCGGUUUAUCAAGAAUGUUCAACGGGCAGAUUUUACCUUCAGAGAGGCCCAAUCAUGUCCUACUCGAGAACUGGAAUCCCUUAGGAGUGAUUGGAGUCAUUAGUGCUUUUAAUUUUCCUGUAGCUGUGUACGGAUGGAAUAGUGCCAUCGCUAUGGUUUGUGGUAACGCUGUUCUAUGGAAAGGUGCUGAAAGUACAUCGUUAUUAUCAGUUGCCACUACCAAGAUUGUCGCCGAAGUUCUGAAGAACAACAAUAUUCCCGGAGCUAUUUGCAGUUUGUGCACCGGUGAUAAGAAUAUUGGAGAAGCGAUGACUGCUGAUCGACGGAUUCCUUUGGUGUCAUUUACCGGAAGCACGGAAGUUGGUAGAAAAGUUGGAGUAAAAGUUCAAGAAAGAUUCGGCAAAGUGCUGCUAGAACUCGGUGGCAACAACGCUAUUAUCGUCAACGAGGACGCUGAUCUCGACAUGGUAUCUCAAUCUUUGGUCUUUUCAUGCUGCGGUACUGCUGGCCAAAGGUGCACAACCACUCGAAGACUGAUUUUACACGCCAAAGUUUAUGAUAAAAUAAUACAAAAAUUCGUGAAAUCGUACGAAAACGUUCUCACCAGAAUGGGAGAUCCGCUAGAUUCGAAAACACUCUAUGGACCUUUGCAUAAUCAAGCAGCUGUGGAGAAUUAUAAAAAAACCAUCGAUGAAGCUGUAAAAGCUGGAGGAAAAAUUGAAUUCGGAGGCAAAAUUAUCGAUCGACCUGGGUAUUUUGUCGAACCGACCAUUAUUUCCGGUCUAAAACCUGACGACAGCGUCGUUUUAAGGGAGACUUUUGCCCCUAUUGUGUACAUUUUCAAGGUGAACUCUUUAGAAGAAGGUAUUAAAAUAAAUAAUAACGUUGAUCAAGGAUUAUCGUCGAGUUUGUUUACAAAAGAUAUAUCGAGCUUGUUCAAGUGGAUCGGACCAAGUGGAUCUGAUUGCGGUAUUGUAAAUGUAAACAUUCCAACCAGCGGGGCUGAGAUUGGAGGAGCUUUUGGGGGCGAGAAACAUACCGGAGGUGGUCGUGAAUCUGGAUCUGAUUCGUGGAAACAGUACAUGCGUAGAUCUACUAUAACCAUUAAUAAUAGCAGUAUUUUGACCCUUGCUCAGGGUAUCAGUUUCGAGUGAAUUUGAAUACUCGUACUAAACAUCCGAGUACAUAUUAUGAUGAAUUAAAAUAUGAUUUUUUUGUCCGCGCUUCACGUCAAAACUAAUGGACAAAACUUUUCGAAAUUUUAUUUAACGGAUAUUUAAUGCAAUGAUGAAGAAAACGUGCUAAAUAAAAAAAUCUGAUUUUUGUU